GUGCACAGUGUACAUAGGAGCUACUGAGUGAUUGAACAUUUCUUUCCAUAUUUUGAAUUUGAAACCAAAGGAAAAUGUUGACUAAAAAUGAUAAAUUGGACUGCUCAUUGAAACUUCUGCAACAACUGGCAGAAAUGUGUGAAAGUUCAGACUAUUCUGAUGUUACAUUGAUUGUCGGUCAAACUAAGAUACCGGCCCACAAAUGUAUUCUUGCUGCACGCAGUCCAUAUUUUCGAGCAAUCCUUUAUACUAUAGGCGAUGUGCCAACGACUAUUGAGCGAAAUUUCGACGGUAUGAUGGCUUUGAAUUCGUCUACCGUUGAACUGUAUGUGUCCAUCGAAGCAUUUAAGCUUGUGCUGAAGUUCAUCUACACUGGACGUCUCGCCCUCAGUGAAAUUCAAUAUUCCAAUGUUUUGGAUCUUCUCAAAUUGGCACACGACUUUGGCAUCGAUGAUUUGGAAUCCGGAAUCUCAGCGUAUCUCUUAGACAAUUUAACGCUGGACAACUGUUGUGCAGCACUCAAUGCAGCGUGUUUGUAUAAUUUAACCGAUCUCGAAGAAGCUGCGCUCCUAUACAUGGACCGACAUUCGACCGAAGUGUUGAAAUCGACAAACUUCAACACACUAGCUCCAAAGUCACUGGCUUCCGUGUUAAAACGAGACACAUUUUGCGCUCCAGAAAUGGACAUUUUCAAAGCCGUACUCGAAUGGCGCAAACACGAGCACUCAGACGGUGAAUUUCAGGCAAUUAUUCCGAUGGUUCGGUUCAAGCUGAUCGAUCUGGAAGAGCUGUUGACCAUCGUUAAAGAGACUUCAACUUUAGAUUCCGAGCGUUUGCUUGAAAUUGUACGCGAAAAAACUAUCAACCACGACAUGAACUAUCGUUUCAAUUUAGAACCAAACGAGAAUGUUGCUUCAGCUAAAAAUUUCAAUGCCAAAACUAUCAGGAGUGGUAUUAACCCUUUGGAAAUACUUGAUGGUAAUGUGACAACCUAUGAUGGAUCUACCGGCUAUACUUAUCACCAUAUCACCGACACGGUCAACAAUUGCAUCAUUGUCGAACUGAAAUCAAUCUAUUUGAUCAAUCACAUAAAGAUCCUUCUGUGGGAUCGUGAUGCUCGUUCGUAUUCGUACUGUGUGGACGUUUCGGUAGAUCUGAAAAGCUGGAACCGAGUCUACGAUGGUUCGGCAUUUUUCUGCCGAUCGUGGCAAAAUUUACACUUCAAAUCGUGUCCGGUUCGAUACAUCAAACUGGUGGGCACACAUAACACAGCCAAUACGGACUUUCAUGUCGUUGAACUUGAAGCAUUUUACACGGAAAAUGAACCGAGUCUGGUUAACGGAUUGAUUUCGCCAACAGUUAAUGUUGCGACGAUAGAAAAAGGUGCCAAGGUGAUCGAUGGACUUGUCAAUUCUGGUGAUACUGUUGAUGUAGUUCUGAAUGGUGCUUUUAAAAACUAUACCGGUGGAUCUGGCUACACAUACCAUACCAUAGGACAAGGUUCUAUCAUCAUUCAAUUAGCCCAGCCAUAUCAUAUUGGUUCAUGCCGUCUAUUGCUAUGGGAUCAAGACGACAGGACGUACGGUUACUAUGUGGAAACUUCAGUAGAUAAAAAAGACUGGAAAAUGGCUGUGGAUAAACAAAAUGAUCGACUUAAAUCGUGGCAAGAACUAACGUUUGAACCGAGGCCAGUCGUUUUCUUCAAAAUUGUCGGCACGCACAACAGUUCCAAUGCGGGCUUUCAUGUAGUUCAUUUUGAAACGCCAUCAUCGUUAGCCUUACUCAAUUGAAAAUUUAGUAUAUAAAUGAGGAGCACUGUCAGUCAAAACAUUUUCAAUAAAGUAUAAUUGCAAAGAACGAGCUCCACUCAA